GUUCUUUAGAGCGUGUCUUCUCAAUCUGCGCUGACGUCGCCUUCUGAUUAAACAUCACUCGCCAUGGCCUGCAGUCGUUGUGUCCCUAGUCUCUGUUCGGUUCUGCUUCUCAUGCGAAGUUGCUCGGUUAUUCAUGUUAUCAUUCCUGAGCGUAUAGGGUAUCAUGAGCUGACUGAUUUGCCGCGUUCGAACCCACAAAACAUGUGUUUCCUAACCAGGAAACGGAAAGUGAGGAUGAACUCGUCAAACAGCUCGCAUUAUGAUACACCAGCGCUGAGGACCUAAGUACGCUCG